AUGAAAUCUGUUCAAGAUUUUACAUCUUGUUCACAUCGUUUUUCACUACCUCUUGCUAUCUUGUCUUUAGACUUUUACCCAAUUUACAUUCAAAGUACGUUAUCCUUCCACAGUUCUCGGUCCCACACUCUUCGCUUUCUUUUAAAUGGUUUUAGUCAUUCUGAUGUUCUGCUUUAUUUUACAGGUGCUAGUCUCAGUCUGGUACGGAUUCAAUACACAGUUGAGUCUGAUUUUGUUAUUGUCGUCAUUUUAUUUUCAAUGAAAGGAGAAAAAGAAGAACGAAAUGUUUUCAGGACGAUGGGGAGACAUGUUUCACAAUAG